GAUUUUAGUAUGAUUUCAACAUAGUUUAUUUCUACUUAAAAUGUUACUCGUGAUAUUAUUUUCUCCUUUUUUUAUCUUGGGGGUAACCCCUCAAUCCUGUUCAACAGUAGGAAGAUAUCCAGUUGCAGGAUCUGGUUGCAAAAAUUAUAUUCAUUGCACCGUUGUUGGUACAACAAUGUAUCAAACAAAUUUUACUUGCCCUUCGACGAGCGUUUUUAAUUCAAGGUUACAGCAAUGCGUUAGUGACUCUUCAUUUACUUGCAAUGAAAAGAUUUGCGAACAAUUUGGCCCCCUUCAACCUAGUUUUGAAGUGCUUUAUGGCGAUCCAAACGAUGCUACCAAUAAAAGUUAUUUUAGUUGCGUCUUAAGAAAUGGUGUUUGGACCACGAGUUAUGGUGCUUGUGGGGUGAACGAAUGUUUUGUUUACUAUGCUAUUGAUAGUAGUAGAGAAGGAUGUUGUUUUACCAACCCAACUUAUUGUGGUGCCUCACCUGUUGUAUUUACUUGCGGAACUUAAUCUAAAAAUGUUUCGCUUAAUUGUUCUAUAUAAUAAGAUUUUCGUAGAUUUUCUAAAACAUUUAAUGUUUCAUUUUCAAGUAGUUACGAUGAAAAUAAUUGUGAUUAUUCUGGUGAGGAUAAAGAUGUUGUUAAAUAAAAAAAUUAAUAAGAUACUUUAGUUAUUUUUAGUUCUAAAUGUUUAUUCAGAACAAUGUUCACCAGAUGGCUUAAAAUCGAUCGCCUUAACCGCUUGCAAGACUUACGAAGUUUGCACAAACUCGAUAAGCAAGAAAUAUAACUGUCCGAUAAAUUCAAUUUUCGACCAAAGAACUUUGAGAUGCAAAGCGGACUUUAUAUGUCCUGAAACUGAAACAUGUAAGAAUUCUUUGGAUUACCCCGACCCUAACUAUCCUAAAUCUCGUUAUUACAUCCGAUGCCACAAAAUUAACUCAGUCUUCAUUGUGUCUUAUUUACAAUGUGGCACAAAUGAAAUUUUUGAACCAUUUCGAAAUCGUUGUACCACUACCAAUUACCCCAUUCCAACGGAAAAUUGCGAAGAAGAAGGUGUUUUUGGAUUAUACCACUACGAUUGUACAACUUACAUGGUUUGUAAGCAAAUUGAUUCACAAUUUGAUAAGAAGAUGUAUCGAUGUCCAAUAGGAAGUUAUUUCGAUCCAUGGAAAAAAUUAUGUGCUGUUGGAUACGAAUGCAUGGAAUCAAAGUGUAAAAAAGAAAACGAUAAAGGUCUUGAUGUAAAUGACCCAACUAAAACUCAAUAUUAUAAGUGUGUUUAUGACGCAACGGGAAAAUUAAUUCCUUUGUACCUUUCUUGCGGUAGUAAUCAAGUUUUUCAUGAAACAUUACAAAAAUGUCAAAGUAAAUAAUUGUAGUUGAUGUGGAAAAUAACGUUGUUUAUCUAGACGUUUGAAUAAAAUACUUCACUAACAAUAAGUA